CAGUGCGAUAACCAUAGUAUUAUUCUCUGUUCUCCAUUCUCCAUCAUUAUGGGGUCCAAGGUUGAGGCGCGCCGGCGAAGGCCGAGGUUCAGCUCCGCCUGGCCUGUGCUCCUUUCCCCGCAAAGCGACUCUCCAAGCAGAGCAACUCCACGACUGAGAGCAAGCGAGUCAUCAAGAUGCGCGUCCCGAAGCUGAUGUUUAUAUCGCAAGCUUCUGGCUUUCUCUGCGCUAUCCAGAGACAUCCAAAUCGCUGACAUAGCACCGAGCCAUCAUCAGCAGCCUCCGCCAACCAUACCCUUCGAGGGAGACUCCGCAAUGUCGCUGUCGCACACGAUGAACUUCUCGAUUCCCGAUGACUUGAAGCAAUAUCUCGCCGACCUUGACAAGUUUAUCGACGACAAGAUUACUCCUCUUCAACACAAAGACGAUAACAACCGCUUCUUCGAUCACCGCCGCGAACACGCUCGAACCGAUUGGGAUAACGGCGGGCUCCCGCGCAAGGAGUGGGAGGAGUUAUUGGCAGAGUCGAGGAGACUGGCUGAUGAAGCUGGUUUCUACAGGCUGUCGCUGCCGAAGCAGUACGGCGGACAAAACAGUGCCGAUGGGCGAGGAAGCAACCUCUGGAUGGCCGUGAUCCGGGAGCAUCUCGCGGCAAAGGGAUUGGGUCUGUUCAACGACUUGCAGACGGAGCAUUCGAUGGUCGGAAACUUUCCCGACGUCAUCAUGCUCAUGAACUUUGGCAAUGAGCAGCAGAAGAGGGACUUCAUACCACUGCGACUGGAGGGCAAGUUUAGGAUGACAUUCGGUUUGACGGAGCCUGGUCAUGGCUCAGACGCGACACACAUGGCGACCAAGGGGCGACCGGAGACGAGAGAUGGUGUGAAGGGAUGGUUGCUGAACGGCUAUAAACGAUGGCAGACCGGGAUGCACCACGCGACACAUUGCUCCGUCUUUGCGCGGACAUCAGGAAAGGAUGGCGAGAUAAAGGGCAUCUCGUGCUUCGUGGUACCCAUCGAUACGCCGGGUUUGAAGGCAGAGUCGUAUGAAUGGACGCUCAACAUGCCCACCGAUCACGCAACCGUCUCCAUCAAGGAUGUCUGGGUACCCGAAACCGCCGCAUUGGGUCCCAUCCACAACGGCCUCGGCGUCGCGCAAGCCUUCGUCCACGAGAACCGCAUUCGGCAAGCCGCCUCGUCGCUUGGUGCAGCCGUAUACUGUGUCCAGCAGUCGGUCGAAUACGCCAACGAACGCGCGCCCUUUGGCACCCCGCUCUCGCACAACCAGGGCAUACAAUUCCCGCUUGUAGAACUUGCGACCCAAUGCGAGAUGCUGCGACAAUUGAUACGAAAGACUGCGCUAGAGAUGGAUUCUAUGCCGCACAAUGAGAUUGAGAAGAAGAUUGGCGAUAAAGUUUCCAUGUGUAACUACUUCGCCAACAGGCUGUGUACGCAGGCGGCAGACCGUGCGAUUCAGGUCCAUGGCGGUAACGGGUACUCAAGGCACUACCCGUUCGAGCACAUUUGGAGACAUCAUCGCCGAUACAGAAUCACUGAAGGUAGUGAAGAGAUUCAAAUGCGGAAGGUGGCCGCAUAUCUCUUCGGUUUCGGUGGGAGGAAGAGCUUGGUAGACGCUACAAAGGCCGAGUCGAAGCUGUAGACCUUUUCUCCAGAUAUAGCUCUAGUCAUAGUAAACUACGAAGCCACUUGUUGAAACCAGGCAUCGCGUCUUUUUCCGUGAUUACGGGUAAUAGUACCACGAUCAGUAAAAACCACACGAACAACGCUGCCACCAACAAAAGCGUUGAUCGAAGUGUAACACUCUUUGGCGGCAACGGCAAUGGUUUUGACAGCGGCUUGUUCUUGAAAGCAGCUGCACUUUCGGAUUGCGGAACUGGUGGAAG